AAGAGUUCAGCAGCUUCACUAUGCGGAGAAAAAACCUUAGUCCAUUUUCAUGAAAUAUUGUGGAUUUACAAUUAUUCUGAAGAACAGUCAGUUCAAGUAACAUUGGAGAACGAAGUUUUUGAAUCCAAAGGAUUUACCAGGUUUUAAUUCAACAUAUAUUUUCUUUUGAAACCCCAAUUCAAUCAACACCAAUUCAAACGGGACAACAAUGACACAUCUCAAGGUUAACACCUAACAUCUUAUCUUACAAUGAAAAAGUAUGGAUAGCACUACCAGCCCCAUGUCAGAAUCUGACGUUACCAAUGGAUUUGUAAAUAAUGUGUUCAGUGUUUCUCUUGAUGAAGAGAACCGAGCAGAGAGCUCAUGGAUUCCAGAGUCCAUUUCCUCACAAUCCAUGUUUUCCUGCCAGCCUGUCAGGAGGGAAAAACAGGAACUCAAUCGGCCGUCUAGGACGGCGGCCAUCUGGAGGAUCCUGAACCGCCGCAAGACCACUUCUGACAUGGACAGGCGACCUCACUCAAUGAUCCUCCCAGGUGAAGCAUCCUUUCUCAAGCUUUCUAUCACAGACAAAGUGAGAUCCAUUAAGAAAUUUAAGUCGCCAUCUGUUUUUAGAGGCAAAGCUGGAAAGCUCUCCAGUGUCAAAUUCAACAGUGAGCUGAAAGAUGAUGUGGAUGACAUACAUUUGUGCAAUGACUCCCCUUUUUUGGAGCACAAGAACAUGUUUCGAAAUAAAGCCAAGAGACAUUCGUUUGCAGGAGCCACUGCAGAUUUCUUCUGUUCAUUUGAGGUCACAGAGCCUCCUGGAAUCCCUGAGAAAACCGAUCAAGUGAUCAAAGACAAUAGCCACCAAAAUGGGUGUAAAUUAGCUGAAAGAGUGACAUAUACAAAAAAAGGUCAACCCAGCUUCUCAAACGGCAACGAUUCAUCUGUGACAGAUCAUGAAGAAUGUAACAUAAAGCACAGCAUCAAGAUACCUCAAAGAAGAAGGUGGCUUAAAGGGGGUGAGGUUUUGAAUUACCUGAGAAAAAUUCCCAUCAAAGGAAAGGAAAGUUCCACUUUGGCUGAGAGUAGUUUUGAAUCUUUAAAUACCUUAGACAAAACUAUUGAUUCGGAUUAUGGCUCAGUAAACUUUGAAUUUGUGAAGGAUUUGAACUCUGCACCUGAACAAACGGGACUUGAUGGCAAAAGUAGCCAUUUCAGAGGCUUGUUCCGGUUUUUUAACACUGUGGCUGAGACUGCAAUGAAAUGGAGAAACUCGUCUCAUUCCUUUUCACCUCCUCAAGGCCAGCGAUCCCAUUUUGACUCACGAAAACCCCAGCUGUCAGGAGAGGCCAUGCAGAAUAUGCCUUUGACAAACAGAAGUGAACACAAAGCUGAUACCUCAUGUCAAAGUAAAUCUACAUUAUGUGCAGACAGGCAAAAGUCGGUCUCAACAGCCAAUGACUUUGGGGUUUGUUCCCGUUUUGUGGAGCCGAAGGCCCGGAGAACAUAUCCAGACUUUCUAACUGACAGUAGUUCCCUGUGUAAUGACUCAGAUGGAUCUCAGUCACAACUCAACUCAAUCUCUCUAGCUACAAUUGAGAACCACCCACGGAGUGAAGAACCAGAGCCAAUACAUGAGACAAACUCUAGCAUACAAAACUUAACUAUACCUUGUCAACGGAACCACUUAUGUAGAAAAACCACUGAUGAAGACCAAGAUAUUUGCACUGAUACAACGACAAUUCCAAAGUGCCCAGAGGACAUAUUUAAGGCCCACUCACGUCCUCCUGGCCAAUCGCCUGCAGAUCCGCCAUUAAAAGUUCUGCUUCAGCGUUGUCGCUCGUUGCCGCUUCCAGGAACUCUCCCUGCUCUGGAGCCUUUGGACUUAACACUUACUCCUGCAGCCAAACCAAUGGCAGACGUUCUACGUGUAGGAAAUGGAAGCACAAGAUCCAAACAACGAAAGCUGUUCAGGCCAGGAUCCGGACCACUGCAUGUUAACAUGUUGAUCAGUGGCGGUUCAGUAGUCAGUGCAGAGGCAGUAUGGGAUCAUGUGACGAUGGCUGAGCGGGAGUUGGCUUUUAAGGCAGGGGAUGUCAUCAAAGUCCUGGAUGCCUCAAACAAAGACUGGUGGUGGGGCCUGAUCGACGAUAAAGAAGGCUGGUUCCCUGCCAGCUUUGUAAGGCUGUGGGUUAACCAGGAUGAUGAAGCCACAGAAUCAACAGAAGGUGUCAGGGUACACAAUGGACACGUUGACACAGCCAAUGGAGGUCUGUGUAUUAGUCAACCACUUCAGAAUCGAGAUCAGAUGAGGGCCAAUGUUAUCAAUGAGAUCAUGAGCACCGAGCGCCACUACAUCAAACAUCUGAAAGACAUAUGUGAGGGCUACUUGAGGCAGUGCCGAAAGAGGGUGGACAUGUUUAAUGAUGACCAACUGAAAGUGAUUUUUGGAAAUAUUGAGUGCAUCUACAGAUUUCAAGUAGGAUUUGUUAGGGACUUGGAGAAACAGUACAACGUUGAGGAACCCCAUCUCAGUGAGAUUGGACCGUGCUUUCUAGAACACCAAGAUGGUUUCUGGAUCUACUCAGAGUACUGCAACAAUCAUCUUGAUGCCUGCAUGGAACUUUCUAAGCUGAUGAAGGAUGGGCGGUAUCAACACUUUUUUGAGGCCUGUCGCCUCCUGCUGCAGAUGAUUGACAUUGCCAUUGAUGGGUUUCUACUCACUCCUGUACAGAAGAUCUGCAAGUAUCCACUACAGCUGGCAGAGUUACUCAAGUACACAGCACAGGAACAUAGUGAUUACCGAUAUGUGGCAGCAGCACUGGCUGUCAUGAGGAAUGUCACCCAGCAAAUCAAUGAGCGCAAAAGAAGACUUGAGAACAUUGACAAGAUCGCUCAGUGGCAGGCCUCAGUCCUGGAAUGGGAGGGUGAUGACAUUCUGGACAAAAGCUCAGAGCUGAUCUAUACUGGUGAGAUGUCGUGGAUCUAUCAGCCUUAUGGCAGGAGUCAGCAACGAGUUUUCUUUCUGUUUGAUCACCAGAUGGUUUUGUGCAAAAAGGACAUCAUAAGACGGGACAUACUUUAUUACAAAGGUCGCAUUGACAUGGACAGGUAUGAGGUGAGAGAUGCUAUUGACGGACGAGACGACGACUUCAACAUCAGUGUGAAACACGCAUUCAAACUUCGUAAUAAAGAAACUGAUGAAAUCCACAUAUUUCUGGCAAAGAAGUUAGAGGAGAAGAUUCGGUGGCUAAGGGCAUUUCUUGAGGAGCGCAAGAUGGUUCAAGAAGAUGAGAAAAUGGGUUUUGAAAUAUCUGAAUAUCAGAAACGACAGGCAGCUAUGACGGUGCGUAAAGUGACCAAACAGAAAGGUGAGGCAUCAAGGAGAUACCAGGUGUGACCAGAGCAGGUGUGUUUCUCCAACCAACCUAUCAACACGCUGGACCUCCUGACACAUGGAUACUUCGUGCUGUUUUAUGACCCACCACUAUCAGAUAUUGUUAAAUAUAAUCUCUCCAAUCAGGACAGUCUACAUUUUGGCCAAAUUUAAAACACUGUUUAUCUACAUAAACAUCCAACGUUUCUUUUAUUUACAGAUGACAUUUAGUGACAAUCAUGAUUUAGAUGUGCUUUCUUUCAACAAUAACAAACGUAUGUCCUCGAUGUAUCAUUCAUAUGUACAAUUAAUAAUUUGCCAUUGCUGUAUUUUGCCGUUUUACUUGUGAGAGAAUUUUAGAGGAUUAUUUUAAUAAUCUUGUUGACAGUACAGUUGUUCAUACAUUCAAAAAAUAUUUGCGUAUGGUCCUAUUGCUGUCUGUGGUAAACUGAUGAAAAGAUCAGUUAUAUGGUGAUGAGUAAGAAUGUACACUUUAUACUCAAAUAACUAAACAAUCCUCAAGAUAGAGUAUUCUUCUUUAUUGUGGUAAAUUUGUCCAACUGUGGCAAAUACGAUCAUUAUUGCAUAUUCUACUUCAUCAUAUUGUGUGUGAAGUAAUAAUCCUUAAUGUUAAAACUAUCCCAUCACAAAAUGACCCAUUGUUUGACAUUGCCUGAACGUAUUUGUUUCACAUGUCUGUUAAAGGUUAAUAGAUUUGUAAGAAUUUG